CCCCGCGCGCUCAGUGGGCUUAUAAAGCCGGUUGUAGCCGAGUAUCGAGCAUCAUUUCUCUGAGCUUUAACUCAAGAAAGAAUAUCCCAAAAUGAGUGGAAGAGGUAAAACCGGCGGCAAAGCCAGAGCAAAGGCAAAGACUCGCUCUUCUCGGGCCGGACUCCAGUUCCCGGUCGGUCGUGUUCACAGGCUGCUCCGCAAAGGAAACUAUGCUCAGCGUGUGGGAGCCGGUGCCCCCGUCUAUCUGGCGGCCGUGCUGGAGUAUCUGACCGCUGAGAUCCUGGAGCUGGCCGGUAACGCUGCCCGUGACAACAAGAAGACCCGUAUCAUCCCCCGUCACCUGCAGCUGGCUGUCCGUAACGACGAGGAGCUCAACAAGCUGCUGGGAGGAGUGACUAUCGCUCAGGGCGGCGUGCUGCCCAACAUCCAGGCUGUUCUCCUGCCCAAGAAGACAGAAAAGGCCGCCAAGAAGUAA